GAAUGAGGCGUAUGAUCACGUGACCAAAUUUGAACUAGCUUCAUUGCUGGCAGGUGCUAGGUUUCCAGUAGUUUGUACGCCACAAAUUCAAAAUAGUCAGUCUGAGCGCAAAAUGGCUACAACUUGUUAUAAUAGGUUUCAGUCAGAAACAACAUCGAUUAUGGCCGUUGUCGUUGACACGGCAAUGACAGAAAUUAGCCGAUUUCUGCCCAGCGUGCCAAAUUCUUACCCUAACGUUAGCAAUCCGGAGAGAGAGGAAUGGCUGAACGAACCAGAGCUGUGCACAAUUAUGAAUCUUGUGACAGGGGAGGCUAUUAGGAAAAUCUGCCAACUAUUCCUAGUGGUCUCCUCAAGUUUACAAAAUGAGAACGAUGAACUGAAGACCAAGGUGGAGCAGAUGGAUGAAGAUAUGAAAACCAAGGUGGAGCAGAUGGAUGAAGUUCUGAAAACCAAGGUGGAGCAGAUGGAUGAAGAUAUGAAGGCAUUAACUGAGAAAGCUGAACAUUAUAGAGCAUCACUGGCUAAAAUGCAGGCACAAGCAGAACUGAAAGGACCCACGCAUAUUCUGCUCAAUGGAAUGAUUUUUGCAAUUCCACCAGUUGGUCUCCCAAUGUUGUCUGGAAUGACAGAAGCUUCAACAUUGCCAGGGAAUGUCAGUCACGCAAACCCGGUCACUAACGCAAUGUCAGUCUCUGCAGGUCCUGCAAAGGUUUGCUGUAAACCCACAGAAACUUCUUCGUUGGAGUGUGACUCCUCUCUGGGAGACACACAUGGACUGAAUACAGACCCUUCACCAAGAGACACUGAAUCCAACGUUGAGGAUAUGAGAGCUGCUUUGCCAGAGGGCAACGAGAGAGACAGCCAUGAAAUCCAGAAAAACAGCAGUACUACUAAAAGGAUGCGAUCCAAAGAAACCAAAUGCUUCAAGUGUGAUGUUUGUGAGAAGACCUUCAGCCGGAACAACCUACUGGUACAACACAAGCUAACUCACACAAGACCCUUCAAGUGUGAUGUGUGUGAAAAGACCUUCAGCAGGAAGGGGUCACUGGAAGCUCACAAGCUAAGUAAACCAAGACCCUUCAAGUGUGACGUUUGUGAGAAGAACUUCUGUCUGAACCGCUUGCUGGUACGUCACAAGCUACUUCACACAGGAGAGAGGCCAUUCGCUUGUGGUCAAUGUGGCAAAACAUUCAGAAUGUCCAAGCAGCUCGAACAUCACAUGUUGCGUCACAGAGACAAAACGCUCAGUUGCAAAGUUUGUGGAAAUACAUUCUCUACCAAGAAAGAUCUGAAACGACAUCAGCUUGUUCAUGCAGUGGAGAGACCGUUCAAGUGCCUGACUUGUGACAAGGGUUUCACAUCAAGGGCCGUGCUUAUGGGGCACGAGAGAAUCCACACUGGUGAAAAACCAUACAGCUGUGCUGUAUGUGGAAAGAGUUACAGACAGCAUGGUGGUCUUAGUAUUCAUAUGCGACGACAUAUAGGUGUACGGCCGCACUCAUGUUCAGAGUGUGGUAAGGGUUUUAUGACAAGCAGCAGCCUCAAAAACCACAUGGUUGUUCAUACAGGGGAGAAGGCAUUUAAAUGUGAGACAUGUGGAGCUGCUUUCGGCCAUAAAGGAAACCUUGUGAGACACCAAGUGCUUCACACAGGGGAGAGACCGUACAAAUGUAAAGUGUGUGGGAAAAGCUACCUUCAGUCCACCGACCUAAAAGCUCACAUGCACCAUCAUGGGGCAACCAAACCAUUUAUGUGUGACCUAUGUGGAAAGACUUUUAUGUACAAUUUUCAAGUGAGACGGCACCAUCUAAAAUGGCACACAGCUGAAGGAGAGAAACAGAGGGAACGAAAGAGAAGAGAGAGAGCGAGAACCGCCAGGAGACAGAGAACCUCAACAACGCAAUACUCUUGUUCUGUUUGCGGAAAGACCUUUGCCUAUAAACAUACUUUUGACUAUCACAUGAGACUUCAUAGGGGAGUGAAGCCCUACGCUUGUAAAUACUGUGAAAAGAAAUUUGUUCUUAAGCAAGCUCUAGAAGGACAUGAGCGAACCCAUACAGGUGAAAAGCCCUUCAAAUGCAGUUAUUGUGACAAGACUUUCUCAGUCAACACCAAUCUCAAAAGGCAUGAGCGAGUCCACACGGGAGAGAAGCCAUUCAAAUGUGACGUCUGCGGGAGAGGUUUCAGCCAAGCCAACAAUGUCAAAGCCCACAUGCAGGUCCACACCGGAGUUAGGCCUUAUUAUUGCAAGAGAUGUGGAAAGGGCUUUUCUGACAUAAGACACUACAAAAACCAUAGCUGUAAUGGUGUGGCAGCAACACGUGAUCAGUCUCGUAAAUCUUCAGACCGCUCUUUCAGAAAUAAGAAAGGAGGUGAAGACAGUAGUGCUUGCCUUAAUGCUGCUGUAAUGUAGACUCAGUGAUAUAAUCUCAAUCAUUCACAGUGGGGCAACUUCCUGCUUUCAGACAUCACGAGCAACAUGGAUGUAUUCAGUAGGGUGAAAAGUUCUUGGGUGAGUUUCUGGAAAGCCUUUUAGAAAACUUAGAAAACGUUUAGGAAAUUAGAUGAGUGCCUGCUGUAAUGCUUGGAGAUAUUGCUAUAAGUUUUGGUCAUUGUUCAUUUGCCCAAAUUCUCAUGGACAUGUUUAUUUCUGACUGUGCUGAAUCAUUCACAAUGUUUUCUUUCUUUCUAUUGUGUAAAUCAUUAAACACCUAAUUCAUGUGUAAAUAUCAGAA